AUGUUGGACUUAGAAAUUGUGCCUGAGUUAUCGCUGGGAUGUGAUACUUGGGAGUUCGUUUUGGGGAUGCACUUUUCGCAAGCAAUAGCAAUAAUACAAUCUCAAGUGGGAAUAAUAAAAGGCGUGCAAGUGCUUUACUCGGAUACAAACCCCUUGGGUGUGGAUAUUAUAAUAAACUUACCUCAAGAUGGUGUUCGUUUGAUUUUUGAUCCCAUAGUUCAACGCUUGAAAACCAUUGAAGUAUUCAAUAUGAAAUUGGUUAAGCUGAAGUAUGGUGGAGUACACUUCAAUUCCCCAGAAGUUCUGCCCUCCAUAGAACAAAUUGAACAUUCUUUUGGGGCUACCCAUCCUGGUGUAUACGACGCUGCAAAACAAUUGUUUGCUUUACACUUCCGUGGAUUGAGUUUCUUUUUCCCAGUGGAUAGUAAAUUGCAAGAGGGAUACGCACAUGGCUUGGGAUCAUUGAUUUUUUUAAGUGGCGCAUCGCCAGUUGUAUCAAAAAUGUCUCUCUACUCUGGUAGUAAUGUUUCGGAGACACGCGCUCCACCGCUUCCACUCUCUUGUUAUCAUCGACAGAUAUAUUUGGAUUCAGCUAAAGUGUUACGUUCUACAAAUGGUUAUUCAAAAGGUCUCAAACUAAAAUUAUAUACCGAGGGAUCUAGUCGCUCAUUAGAACAUCGGCGCCAAUGUUUCACAAGGGAAGUUCUUUUCGGCGACAGCUGUCAGGAUGUAGCUAUGAAACUUGGUGCACCAAAUCGAAUAUUUUUUAAAAGUGAAGAUAAAAUGAAAAUACACUCUUCCAGUGUAAACCGCCAGGCGCAGAGUAAAAGGAGCGAUACUUUCUUUAAUUAUUUCACACUUGGCAUUGACGUGUUAUUUGAUGCGCGUACCCAAACUUGCAAGAAGUUUGUGUUACAUACAAAUUACCCAGGACAUUUCAACUUCAACAUGUACCAUCGCUGUGAAUUCAAAUUUAAUUUGAAAAGUGAAAAUGAUCAUGAUUGUAAUUAUGGUAAAAAGAGCUCCGAGGAUAUUGAAGUUACUGCAUACGCCAAGUGGGACGAGAUUAGUGCGGUAGUGCCGUCAGCUCGUCCGGUGGUGCUUCAUCGCGCUAGCUCAACAAACACUGCCAAUCCCUUCGGUGCAACCUUUUGCUAUGGUUAUCAGGAUAUAAUAUUUGAGGUUAUGACAAACAAUCACAUUGCCUCCAUAACAUUAUACAGUACGAUUCCACCAUUAAAACAAACUGAGCAGUCUUACCAGGAGCACAAAUUGCAGGAUAUAAGUUUAUCAGUUGCGUGAAAAGACACAUUUACACAGGGUCCACAAACUCUGACUUAUAAUGCAGUAAAAGUUCAACCGACUCGUGAAUAUUUUUAAUUAAAAUAUUUUUUAAUACUAAGAAUAAAAGAACUUGAAAGUAGAAGCUUAAGUUAAAAAAUGAACCAUGACUACUUUCCUUUUGCACUACAUAUAAAAGCGGUACUAAAACAAAAGAAAUACACAAUAAGACCAACGCAAUAGCCCUUCAAUAUCCCCAAAUAUUUUUUUAUUCAGUUUUCUACUAUCAUCACAUCGAAAUAUAUACAAAUAAACAUAAAAGUCAGUUAUUGAAGAAAUUUUCAAUUUUACUUCCUUAAUGCCGUUUUAAUAUGUGGGUAAAUCGAUUGUGGUCUGAGGAGAGUGUGACCGCACUAUGUCUACAUAUAUAAGGAGUUUAAUGUAUAAUACAAUUAUAUAACAAUUAUAUUUUAUAUAUAGCGAACUCUUAACACCUAAAAUAUACCAAACUUUCAAAGGUAUAGAAUGUAUAUAAAUAUGUAUACAUUCUAAAAUAUGUAUGUAAAUUAAGCUUAUACAUAUAAUACAUAAGUACAUGUUUAUAUAACAGGAUAAUAAGGUUUAAAUUAAUCACUGUUUGACAAAGUAGUAUAUAAGUUUACAUACAUAUAAAGUGUAUAUUAACAACAUUUUGACUACAUGUGAACACUGACUUAAUCUUAGUGUUGUUUGGUUGGAUAGCCGCGGAAGCUAGAACUAGAAGUGUUUACUUUUUUAAAUAAUUGCAUUGAGUUUCUAAAGUUCUACUAUAUUAUAUUAAUUGUACGUGCACAUUUUUAUUCCGUUAGAUCAAAAGGAUAUAAUGUAAAAAAAAAAAUAAAAAAUGUAAUAAAAUGUAAUAAAAAUUUGAAUCUAUUGAAAUAAGUAAAAAAAAUAAAAUAAAUAGCGAUAACAACAAUUAAAA